AUGUAUCGCGACAUCUCGAAUAUCGUACCAACUGAAAGACAAGAGAGCCUGGUGAAGCCAAUUCAGUUGCUUAAAAACAUCAUGAAUGAGAGAGAUUCAUUUGGGUUCCAGACCUCGAGGUUCGUGGCCUAUAAGCAAGGGAGUAAUCGCCCCACGGAGAAUGUAGCAACCCAGUCACCCACAUACUUGACUGUUCAGCUCACAGUCGCUCGCUGGAUCACCAGAUUGAUUUUUUUCAUGCCCACAACACCUCACAUUAAGGCCUUUUCAAAUGCCGUGAAGGAUGGAAACGACACGCCCAGAAAUUUCUCAACGAACGAUUGUGAAGCCCCUUCCGAAGCCAUAAAACACGAAUUGCAAAGCCAACUGUGCGCCGAUAAUUUUCAAAAGAUACCGAUUAAAACAAAUCGCAAAAAAGUGACGGCAGAUGAGGGUGAUUUUUGGACUGAGCACAUACGCAAAGAAGUGCAUCAUUUUGACGCUAACGUUUUUAUUUCACCCACAGGGGUUUUGCAGGAAAAUGCAUUGUGCGUCGAACGUGCAGCAUCAGGGACGCGUCAUAACUUUCGAAAAUUCAGUUCCGUCGUGUGA